AUGGACGGUGUCCACUCGACAUCCUCCGUACUACCUGUCGAGAUCCUUGAAUUCAUCUUCAAUUACCUGGAACGUCGCGAACUCAUCCCAGUCCUGAGCAGCAACUCCAUAUUCCACAAUACUGCAUUUCGUGCGGUCUAUCGUAACAUAUCAGAAACGUCGUCAGUCAAAGCCUUGAAACUUAUAAAGACCCUUGCUUCUAAUGCCCCAUAUUCCCGACAAGUCCGUUCUAUCGAUCUCGACUUUGCCGACAACCUCAUCACCGCCAAUAUCCUCCGCCUCUUAAAUCGCGCGCUCCAGCAACUCAAAUCGCUCACAGCACUUACCCUCAACUUCUCCCAGACAGACAACACUGCUGAUGUCGCAUGGAUAUUCCAGGGGUGUUCCUUCUCGCUCAGGACCUUCACCUCAUCCAUGCGGUGCGACCGCUCGCUGGCGAAAUUCCUGGCUAUGCAGCCGAAGAUAACCGAGCUUUGUCUGAGAGGGUUGAAUAAGGAGUAUGACUUUGCGCUGGAACCUAAGGCGCUCCCUGAGCUGGGACAUUUUAGGACCGUUAUGUCUUACCCUAGCAUUAUCGGAGAGGUCUUGAGAGGUAGACCUGUGGAGAGCGUUUCCAUGUCGCUUCACCGCGGGGACGUCUGUGCAUCCCUCAACACGUUGUUACUAUCAUCUACAGCGAUAAAGAGGCUCACUGUCUUGAUCUUGGAAAGCGACCCCCCUGUCGCACUCCUUCCUCUCAUCGCAGACCGGCUACCUCAUCUUGAGGCUUUCCAUCUCGUGGUUCUCACGCCUGACUCCACCCAUGAAAUUCUACUCGGGAUCGGCUCGAGUCUCGCGCAGUUCAAAGCCUUGAGAUACAUCACGUUCAUGGCGCCAGGUAUACCGACUUCCUUGAACGAUGAAAAGAACAUCGCGGAAGCAUGGAGCAAAGCGUGCCCAACCCUACAGACCAUUAUCCUUCCUAAAGGACUGGUGUGGUUCCAGAGGGACGAGAAUUGGGCAUGCCUGAAGGAUAACGAGGAUUAA